AUGCCGAACGCGGUGCUUCGCAUCAUAUCCCCACCUCAGGCCCUCCUGUGUUUCCUCUGCCUGGACGACUGGCGUCGGCGCGUCGGUAAGUCCAAAAGGGGUUUGGACACAUGCCCCAGUUGGACAUGAAUACUGAGAGUCCUAGAGCGUCCUUCUUGUACACGCAGCCUUAGGCAACAUGAGUAGAUGGACGCGCUGGCAAACGCGGGAGCAGGCUGUCACGCACCCGGCGUACACUCCUGAAUUAUCCACAGAACCCACGAACAUUGAGACAUCGCAUGUGUCCUGCGGGCCACACGCACAUCCACAAUGCGGAAAUUUCUGGCUGUACGACAUGCAAAGUCACGCAGCACAUCGAAAUACUCCUUCAGAUGAGGCACUAACAGCACUCCUAUCAUCAGUACUGCAACCGCCGACCGCAAGGACUUAAGCAAGUAAGCAACUAUGUACCAAAACAUAUCGCACAUUUUGUCGCUGCGCACGAACAACAUUUAUCGGCCUGGACUUGCAUUUGCGAAUCUGUGGCACGAGGGCUGGCCAGUCAGCGCCAGGAGCACCAUUUUCCACCCGACUCACCCGCAUCCAUUGCUCAUGCUGUUAAUGUGCAUUCAACCGUUACAUGGACUUACUAUGUAAUGCACCAAAAUUUAAAUCCCACGAAGACAACUAGCUGCAGCAGUCCAUAAAAAGCAUACAGACGGGUCCAUGAUCACCCGGCACAGGGGCGGAACAUGCGAAUAUCACAUCAGGGAGAAGCAUGCAACUUGUUAUGAUCUGGUGUCCGGUCAGGUAGUUGGUGCUGCACUUCCGUAGGCUGUCAAAGUCCAUGCCGACAUUGUGUCCAAAUCCAGAACCUAACAAAGGACAGAUAAGAAUAGUCGACUGGUGCACGGGAAAGGAAAGGAAGGGUGGGAUCGGCUCUGGGUAUUCUAUCCCUACAACACUUCAGCGCAUUCUCCAGUUCAAUAAACUUGGUGCGUCUGCAUAUAACAAGAUGAGCUGAAUGCCCGAAGGAAGCCGACGUAAGGCACAACUAUGCCCACGCGGCCAACACCAUGUGUGAGGUGGUUUGCUGGAUAACUGAAAACUUGGUCCAUUUUGCGAGGACCAGGUUGUAUGCGACACGCGCAGACGGGCUGAUAAGCUUUGUCACCUGCUGAGGCCGAGCUUGGCUCCGGCCGUCCUGACUUUUUUGCUGCUGGAUAAGAGGAGGAAGUACGAUGGAUGCCGCACAAGUUUACUUUUGCAAUAAGCCAGUUCACAAGAAAGUCACCAUUCUCAAAGUCCACAGUAGACAUUAUUGCAUGCGAUGGCCGAAAUAACAUGAAAGUUCUCGCUUAAUAGCUUGUGCAGAUCCGAUUCCAAGUCUUAGUGAAUCCAUAUGGAUGAAACUUGUUUGUUUUUGCACGGUCAGAGAGGUCAGGUUCCUAGCGUUGCUUUGCCCACCUCACGUACAAUCUCGGACCGUCUUUAUAAAAUUCACAAGAGCACAAUUAGUAACUCGGAAUUUUGAAAAUUCGACGAUGCAGCAUUUGGUCUUUGAAUAGAUCAGGAACACGCUGACUGGCGGUUGUUUCACCAUAGUCAUCUGAGGCGCUCCCGGUUCGAAUAAGUGUCAACUCUGGUGGUAAUCGUCCGCGCACUAUCGCAGCUCUACUUUACGUUUACAUGCUGUUAGCUGAUUGACUUUUCUCCGCAUGCCCUCCUCAGUUCAAUUAACUUAAACAUUUUCGUCCUCUAUGGAUAGUGAAAUCACACCACUGAUUUUUUUACUUGGCGGAUGUGUCCGUCUUCCAUUUUUAAUAUAUUCCCACUUAUGUACAAACAACUGAUAUUGAGGUUUAUAGACUAAGUCGGAAAUUGUUUACUAACCCAGCUAACACAUGCCCCAACCAUGAAUGUGGGGACAAACAUUUGGUCUGUACCACGAUGGACUAUGCCGUGGCCCGACCCACGUGGUCAUCAGUCUUUAUUUUCAGUACAACUGAUUGAUACUGUCGUGGGUACGUGCCGUGCCUGGGUCACCCUUUUUUAUGAUGAUCCACGCAAGAAACUGAUCUACAAUAUUUAUGAUGCAAAGACGUAUUGUAUUAUUUAUCGUUUAUGCAACAAGUAAGUGACGAACGGUCCCCCGGAUGAACUGUGGUCACAUCCGUCCCUUUUGGCUUAUCCCGUACGACAAAGACAUGUUCCAGCAAAUAUUUUUGACCCGUCAUUAUUCCCGCUAAGACGGCAUCAUCAACGUAUCCGAAAACUUCAAAACCAUUGUGUUUAAUACACAUCAGUCUACUCUAUUGCACUCAGUAAGCUUAGUCUGUCACAGUAAGCCGUUCAGGCCCACUACCAUGUUCUCAGCCAAAGUUUCUCUCGCUUUCCAGACUUUGUUGGGUUGUCAACUAAGUGUUGUGUUCUUGGAAUCCAUUUCCAAUAAUCAGUAUUCUUGAUCCGCAAAUUUUCUUGUUGCAAGUUAGUUCUUAGCCUGUACUCUUCGUGGCUUUUCAGAUAUAAUGGCAGGCGAGGGUGGUUUCGAUCCCUGUGAAUGUAUUUUUAACCACGAGAGUUCGAUGCAACGAUUGUUGAACAUGCUGCGCCAAUCCCAGGCGUACUGUUCAGACGUCUCUUGCACCAAUGAUAUGAACGAACUCCGACAAGGCGAUGCGGGUGGAAUGUCUAUGGUUUUCGGGCUGCUCUUCGCUUGGAUCCUGAUAACUUUCAGCAUGUUUGUUUAUCGGGCGACACAGAGAGGCGUUGGUGAUGCAAAUAAACCGGACCGUUCCCAUGUAUGUCAUUUUUACUUUAGUUUUCUCUAUAGCGACUAGCAGGACGUGUGCGUCCUGCACGCUCAUUGACUUAUCCUUGUUGCUUUCCCGACUCCUUUUGUUUUUAUCGUACUUAGGCGUACCCCGCUGUUUUAUGCCUCUGAUUGUUCUCUUUAAGUAGUUCAGUAACUAUUACGGAAAAAAACAGCUUUGCGCAGUUUAGCCAAAAUUAUCACUGUCACCUGAAUGCAUAAUUACUUUGGUGAUUUUGGCUUUACUGGGGUUCAGGUAAGACGACUCGCCUGGUCUAAAACGUGGAGUGUUGGGGACAACGAUAGGAUAUUAUUCAUGAGAAAAAAGAUGAGCGAACACUUCGGACUCUAGAAAAUCACAUUGACCUUAUCAUGUUUACAGUUCCUCAGAGGUGUGUCCCGCUGAGGAUUUUUGUACACGUCCACCUAUUCGCGAAGUGGUGGCUAACGUCACUUGGACCUAAAAUUUAUUCCAUUGCUCUUGUAGAAUCCGGAGCCGGAACCGCCAGCGCUUUCAUAA